UGCUCGAGUAGUGAUUAUCAAGGAAAUGAUUUUAAAGCCUUAUUGUAUCAAUUCAUGGACAAUGGAAGUCUGGAACGGUGGCUCCACCCAAAUGCAACAUCAUCUCAGGGGAAUGAACAUCCAAAAAAAUUGAACUUCAUUCAGAGGAUAAAUAUCGUUAUUGAUGUUGCUUCUGCAUUAGAUUAACUUCAUCACCAGUGCCACAUCCCUAUUGUUCAUUGUGAUCUAAAACCAAGCAAUAUCCUCUUAGAUGCUAAGAUGGUAGCACAUGUUGGCGACUUCGGAUUGGCAAAAUUCCUUCCUGGAUCAUCCCUCGAAACUGUGGGUAAUCAGAUGAGCUCAGUGGGACUUAGAGGGACAAUUGGUUAUGCUCCACCAGAAUAUGCAAUGGGAUGCGAGGUUUCAAGAGAAGGCGACGUCUAUAGUUACGGCAUUCUCUUACUGGAGAUGCUCAUUGGGUUGAGGCCCAUCAAUGACAAAUUCAUAGACAAUUUGACUCUUCAUAGUUUUGUCGCGGAAGGUUUGCCUGAACGAGUACUCGAAAUUACGGACAACGUUUUGCUUCGAGAAAGAGAGAGCCAUUUAGGUCCCGAUAGUCCCCAGCAAUCGCUUUUCGAAAGUGAUGCCAUAUUUCAAGAGUGUUUGGUUAUGGUGUACAAUAUUGGAAUUGCUUGUUCAUAUAGUAUGCCUAGAAGACGGACGAGCAUCAGCGGAAUUGCAAAUCAGCUGCAACAGAUUAGGGACAAACUCUUUGAAUUGGGUUUACAUGGAGAAGAUGAACCACUAACGGCUUAUGUUUAGUUGUUAUACCUUUAAGGUUGUUUACGCAAACGGAAAACAGGUAAAUCUAUAAUUGAAAGGGAUCGAUCAUUUUUUUUUUCUACAAGAUGAUAGUUAAUAAUUAUCCCCCAUCUAUAUAUGUACAGAAUUAAACUAGCGCAAGGCCUGUGGUGCAUACACAUUCUUGAUUAUUGUUGGUUUACUAAGAAUUCUAUUUUGGUGCCAUAGUAUUUUAAAUUGGAUCCAACAUAAGUUGCCUUGCUUCUUUUUUUCUUCUUCUUUUCAUUAGUAUGAUGCUCAUUAAGACGAACUGCUACUGAUUAGCUAUUGGAAAUCUUAUUCAAAGGAAAGCU